GUCAGCUCUAUCUAUAAUCUACAAUGAGUGCCAAAUCUGCAAUCAGCAAGGAAAUUUUUGCCCCCCAUGAUGAAAGGAUGUUGGGAGCUGUUCAAGUGAAAAGAAGAACGAAGAAAAAGAUUCCUUUCCUGGCUACUGGAGGUCAGGGUGAAUACUUAACAUAUAUCUGCCUGUCAGUGACGAACAAGAAACCAGCUCAGGCAUCUAUUACGAAGGUGAAGCAGUUUGAAGGCUCCACGUCCUUCGUCAGGAGAACGCAGUGGAUGCUCGAGCAGCUUCGCCAGGUCAAUGGGAUCGACCCUAAUCGGGAUUCCCCAGAAUUCGAUUUACUAUUUGAAAAUGCCUUUGACCAAUGGGUAGCAAGCACAGCCUCAGAAAAAUGCACAUUCUUUCAGGUUCUUCAUCACACUUGUCAGCGGUACCUUACAGACAAGAAGCCAGAAUUUAUCAAUUGUCAGUCUAAAAUUAUGGGAGGUAACAGCAUUCUCCACUCGGCAGCGGACAGCGUGACGAGCGCGGUGCAGAAGGCAAGCCAGGCUUUGAACGAGCGUGGCGAAAGGUUAGGCCGAGCCGAAGAGAAGUCAGAGGAGCUCAAAAACAGCGCUCAGCAGUUUGCAGAAACUGCACACAAGCUUGCCAUGAAACACAAAUGUUGAGAUGCUGCCCAAAGUCAAAAUCCACCCAAGAGGAACUGAAAAGCUAGGUUCACCAGUUUUUACAGGAGAAUCCAGGCUUCCACGAGCUUUUUCCUUCCAGUUCAGUGGAGAUAAGUUAUUUCAGUU